AUGGAAAUGAACAAUCUACAGGAUGAAAUAGAAGAGGAAUAUGAAGUUAUAUUAUCUCAUAUUAAUGAUGUAUCCUUUCAUAUUUUCCAAUUUCCAAUGACUUCAAGGGAUAGUGCAACUGAGAAAGUUUGGCAAUCUGCUUUUAUUCGUCCCGAUGGAGGAUCAUUCCAACUUUCAUAUUACUCGAGUGAAAGUAGUGAACUUAGCCCAAAUUCUAAUGAGGAAAUGACUGAUCAUAAUAUUUCAAGGCAAGGAGCAAGUGAAAAGACUGAUAAUACUAAUAAGGAUCAUUUAUAUAUCGUAAAUAGUAAAUCAUGUCUUUCUUCAGCAAAUUGUUUGGUUGCUGGUUAUUUUGAUCAUGAAAAUAAGAAAUUGUAUAUUACUCCAAUUUCAUCAGUUCAACAAUUUCGUCCAAACUUCUCAUCUAUUGAUCAAAAAAGGCCAGUGAGUAUGAAUGUUGGUAUGGUAGAGAGACUAUCUGAGUCUGCUGAUAAAGAUGAAAGAAAUCAAUCUUUGGAUGACUUGGUACUCAAUCAUGGAAAUAAUUCUUUAGAUCAUGACAUAAGUAAUAGUAAUAAUAAUAACCCACUAUACUCUGGAAGUUUUUCUUUGGAUAAUGGAAAAUUAUAUACAACUGGAUCUGAGAAUUGGAUUAAAAUACCUUGUAUUUAUCCAUCAAAUUCUUAUGAAUCAAUAGAAAUGAUUAAAACAUUAAUGGAUGUAUACUUUGAUGAUUUCAUUUCUUGGAAAAAUUUGAAUUCACAAAUUUCGGAGGAAAAUUCUAUGGUUAACCAACUUCUUUCUAUUAAACAUAGUAGAAAUAGAGCUCACUAUUUUGAUGGUGAUAUUAAUAAAUACUUUAAGAUCAUUUCUGGAAUUGCUUCAGAUGGUAAUUCAGAGUUUAACCUUCCAUUUGGAGGGGAUGGACAAGUACUCCCAACUCUUAGGACUGCAGGAUUACCAAAAAUAUAUACAGCUUAUCAAUAUCCUCCUUCUUGCCCAAACUCAAGUCUUGGAGGUUCUAUGAGUUAUAAUUUUGGUGGAAUUGAUGAUUCAAGUUCUAUGGUUUUAUCCAGAAGCAAUUCAAAUAAAAAUAUAGAUUAUUUGCCAUUUCACGGCAUUUCCGGGAAGUUAUUAAUUUAUGAUGAUUGGCUUUAUUUUGGUCCAUUAUCAGUACAAGAGUUAUAUAGGAUGAAACUAAGUGACCAAAUACAGAGAAUCACUCUAGUUUAUCAAGUAAUCCCCUUUAAUGGAAUAAAAAAUAUUCUCAAAAGGAUCUAUGAAACAAAAUUUGAAACAAAUUUGGAUUCUGAAUUGUCUGUGGACUUGCUUAAAACUCAAAACGAUGGUAAUAUUUUUGAGCAAAUUCUUUCCAAAAAUAAGCUUGAGGAAUUUCCCUCUGAUAAAGAAUUAAUUAAAGUACUCAAGAAAUUCUGUGUUUUAGUUUCCGGAAAUUGGGUAUAUAAAUCAGAACUUAUGUACAAUGAAUACGAAUCUUGUUGUAGAGAUCUUAUUUUAGUUCUUCUUCAAAGAGAUGAAAAUGCUGGUUUAAAUAGAGAACCAAUUAGAGUUGCAACAGAUCUCCCACAAAUUAAGGUUACUAAUAUUCUGCAAGAGGUAGCUGUUUAUAGGUCAACUGCAUGGUAUCCAAAAUUCUCUUUUGAUAAAAAAUUCAUUGAAGAAAACAUCGAAGAAGCCACUUUUUGGAAGAAUUAUUGGGCUGAAAGAGAAAAAUAUGUGGUUCAAUAUAUUAGAGAUAAUAGAGAUACCUCCAUAUGUACUUCAACAUAUCUCAAUAAUCUUUCUGCAGUUUCUACAAGUGUUAGCAAUUCGCAGCUUCAAUUGCUUUUAAUAUUUAUUCUUAAGAUAUAUGGUGCAAAUAAUGUUUCAGAACUUUUAAAUUUGUGCUCUUAUCAUUUGACUUUAAUGUCUGUAGGAAAUGCAUCUCUAGCAUCAGUUCCAAGUAAUAUAGGAGGAAGCCCCUCAGGAAAACCCAACGAUUCAUCCUCACAACGUAUGGAUUCAAGCUCUCUCUCAUAUGGAAAGGUUGGGUCAAAUCCAAAACUUUCUCAUAAAGGCACACCCAAUAUUUCAGGAUCAAUGCUUUCUGGUCCUUCCUUUUGUCAGAAUUUUAUUGCUCCUACUUAUUCACCCUUCUGUUCUAGUAACCCAAGACACAAUAUGAAACAGAUUCCGUUUAUUAAUGUCAAUUCAACCAUAUCCUCAUCCAUAAAAAUUAAUAAGGAAGAUAUAAAUAAGUCUCUUGAAAUAAUUGCCACCAAAAUUUUUGAUGAUCUUUGGGUAUUAAAAUCCACUGGAGAUCCCAGAAUAGAUGCGAUACGAACAAUAGUUAUUGGCUACUUUAAUAAUGGAGAUAGAGAAGACAUCUUCACUAUCACAUCGUUUAUUGAUAAUAUAAAACAUUGUAUUGUUAAGAAUUGUGAAACGUUAUCACAAAAAAAUAAAAUAUGGCACAAGUUUGACUCAGAUGAAGAUAUCACUCAAUUUAAUAAUGGAAUAAAUAACAAUGCUAAUAUUUCUGUUUAUUCUUCUCAACUUCUUCAUUUACUUAAUAAUGUGCCAGAAUUUAUUUGGAGAAAAAUUAUUCACGAAUUUGCUUUUCCAAUUAAUGAAACUGCAACUGUAUGGAAGCUGAAAAGCAAGUAA